UCACCUCUGUCUCCUCUCACAGGGAGAAGAUGAUCUGCAGGAUCCUGCUGCUCAUCAUCCUCACCUCAUGUGUCUCUGGAUCAUUUGUAGUCAAUGUGACACAGACCUCCUAUCAGGCAGAGGAGAACCACGACAUCACACUGGAGUGGACGUUCACCACCAAACCCGACACCUUCAUCACUUCACUGAAGAUCCGCUGCAGUCGUCCAGAACUCUCAGUCCUGUAUCAUGUUCAUGAAGGUGUUGAGGUGUCAGAGUCUCAGGAUGCAAAGUUUUCAGGACGAGUCCAGAGUGACAAAGACGCCCUCAGAGAAGGACGAAUCAGACUUCAGCUGUCCAGACUCAGGACUGAUGACUCGGGUCUGUACAGAUGUGAUGUGCAGACAAAUCAUGGCAGCAGCUUUCAAGAUUGUAAACUCAGCGUCACUGCAGCUGUUGAUGAGCCCAAACAUGAAACUCCAACAGUGAACCCACAGACAGAGAGUCGAGGAAGGAUCGGCCUCUAUGCUGCACUCACACUGACAGCAGCUGCUGCAGCUCUGCUCAUCACACUGAGUUUAGAAGCACAGAAAAGAAAAAACAACCAACAUGUAAACAGUCACAGUCUGAGCACUGUGGUCACCUCCACUUCUUCUUCUUCUGAGUCUCUUCCUGCUGCUUCAUCAGAUGCUCCAACCAUUAGCUUCAUCUGACUGAGGACCUCACCUCCCUGAACUCUUAGAAGCUUACGUUAAAAUGGAAGAAAACGUUUCCGGAAGUGUUAAAAUGAUUCAAUAAGUCGUCCAAAGCUUUCAGAUUAAAUUCAUACAUUUCUGGUUCCUUCUUAUAGCAAAAUUUACAACCAAACUCAUUUCAUAUAGCAGAACUGAUGACACUGACAACAUCCUGCAGGGUGUUGUUCAGUUUGCAGUAUUGAACUUUUGGACCUUAACAGUAUGGACUCGACUCAGGGAGAGGAAAACAAAUUUACACACCAUCAUUUGAAACAACCAGUGUUUAAUAUAUGUGCAGUUAACAGUGAAUCACACUGUAUGGCGCUAUUUUAAAUAAUAGCUGUCAUCUGAGCAUCCCUCACUCAUUCACCUAUUGGCAAAUGUGUCCGGGUCUUCGGUCAUCUGACUCUCCUGCUGUUACAAGAAUCACCUGCAGAUUUUUUUCCUCUGAAGCCUUCUAUUAAUUGCUGGUUGUAGCUUCAGAAGCUUCCUAUUGGUCACUUUGUUUGUGAAUUGGGCAAUGCAGUUUGAUCAGUGGUCUGAGCCUGAUGACUUUGUAGCAGGGCCACUGCUGCUUCUCUGGCCUACGUUUAAUCUCUGGGCUGUUGCUUUGUCUUGUUGUGUCUUCGUUGCUUUUUGACUUGUUCUUAUUCAUUUUUUAUCUUCUUACUCUAUUUAUAUUUAUAUUGUAUCCCGUUCUUAUUUAUUUUAUCUUUUUACCCUGUAUAUAUCCUUAUUGGGUCAUAUCUCCAGUGUUUCCUCGGAGGGGGCUCUCUGCAAUGGGGCUGUGAUUGACCAUGGCCAUGGUUUAAGUUAAUGAGAGUGU